UCUCAGUUGAUGUCCGCAAAUUGGACUGUUUGGUUGUGAGUCGAGUGCGGGUCAAACGAACCAACAAACUCUCAAUUGAUAAGUACUUUCUGCCACUUUAUAGAAAGGAGUUAUAGAAUAACCUUGAGAACAAAUCCAACAUAUAAACCCCAUGAACAUAAUUCGCGAGUCAUAUUCACUAUGACCAUAGCAUGUUAAAAUUGUGUUCACAACUCACAAUAAGUGUAUAGUUACUGCAAAAAACAAAAAUACAAUGUACUUCGAGGGUAGACGAUUUGGAAAUAUCACGCCAUGGAUUCUGAUUAUACUUUUCGCUGAAAAUGAGGUUGGACACUGCUUGAAGCUGACUAACUUCGAAGUUCCGAGCCUGGCGGAGUAUGGCAGUUCGGUUACACUGACUUGCGAGUUUGACGUGGGUUCAGCUGCUCUGAACUCGGUCAAGUGGUACAGGGAUGAGCAUGAGUUCUUCAGGUUCGCACCCGAAAUUCAUCCCACUGACACUCAGAUAUUCCCACUGGACGGUAUCAACCUUGAUAAAAGUAUAUCCGAUCAGAACCAUGUCACUUUGAUGCAUCUUUCCUUCAGCAGUUCAGGAUCCUAUAAGUGCGAGGUUUCAACGGAUAUGCCUGAUUUUAAAAUUACUUAUAGGAGCAAAAAUCUAACUGUGAUCUCCUCUCCCAAAUGGGGUCCCAACAUCACUGGGUUGUCACCUUAUUAUGCAGCCGGACAAAUGAUAAAUGUAAACUGCAGUGUGGGUCUUUCUUAUCCAGAGCCAAGAAUCUUUUGGCAUAUAAAUGGGAGAAAGGUGGGAUGGCAUGAGUACGAUUUCAAAUUCCACAGAGAAGGAAUGCUAGUAUCUACUUGGUCAACUUUGAACUAUGGAACUGUCAUGGAUGAUUUUCAAAACAAAAAUAAAAUUGAGAUUCAGUGUGGAUACAUAUUGGGCGCUAUGAAUGUGACUGAGAAAAGCGUCAGCCUCACCAGUCGAUUGAUGUCAAAGAAUGUACAGGAGAGUGCGUUGCAAAGCCUGCAGAGUUCAGGUGUCGCAUGCGCCAGCCACACUCUGUAUCAAUUGUUGGCGAUGACGUGCAUUCUCCUCUAUCAAAACCAAUGGUGAUGUGACUUCUUUGGAUCAGUGACUGUGAGAAGUCGACUCAAUAUCUUUGCAUCAUCCCGUAGAUUGGAGGGUGAUCUGAGAUCUCGUUAUGACUGUGAUAUUAGAAUGUAGAAGAAUGUAUCAAAGGGACUCGAUACAGUUCGUGAUAAGCUAAUAUUAUUAACGGUGUAUUUAAUAUUCCUCAUGAAAGUAUCAUCAUCUCAAGCACCAUUGCCGACAAGUUUCACGCACUACCUGAUAAAGAUAAUGCAAAUGAAUGAAGAAAAUAUAAUUCUUCCAAAACAUUCCAACUAAUAAUCAUUCUCAUUGAACCACCACAUAGCUGAAAAUCCAUGAAUACUCAGAUUAAAGUAUAUAUUGCUUUUUCAAACGAUAUACCUUUCCAUGAAUGAUUUUUGUUUCUUUCGAGUUAAUUAUUUCUGAUGAUGAUUCCAACAUCUAUUUGGAAUAGGUAUGGCUUGUAGUUAUAUCCUAAUUAAGCCUAUAAGUAUUCCAAUUUCAUUUGUAUCAAUUAUAAUGAAUAAUGAAAUAUCAAGAAGAAUCCUUAUCGAGCUGAUGAAGUCAUUACAAAGAAAUUCUAAGAGAUUUUCAACAUAAUUUACUACACUCAUUUUUCUCCAACCAGUUAAUGAAUAUAUAUGACUGUGAUGAUUGAAAUUAUGGAUAGAGGAAACAAAUUGCGAAUUGUUAGCUAAUAACUGUUGCAUGAAAACGUUGUGUGUGCAAUAUUGUUGAUAAUAAUGAAAGGGUUGCAUGAGAGGGUAAAAGCUACAUGAACGCCCUUUAUUUCGAAUCUUACGACUGAAAGGUUGCAGUAAGCUAAGUAGAGGCUUAAUGGAAGUUGUGAGACCUUGUCCUCAUAUUUGGAAAAAGAUGAUAUUGUACAAAAAAUACAGCAUACCGUAAUUUUCUAAUUUUCAAAUAAAUUUGUAGUUGUACAUUACUGUAAGUGAAUACUACUUUUAAAUUUAUCAUGGAUGGAAGAUUACCAAUAAUUCUUUAAGUUCAAUUUAAAAACAGUAACGAAUUUUCUGUUUUUUCAAUAACACCCAAAUGUAUCAUAGGAAUGAGUCAUUAUUGGGAUUUUAUUUAUUCCACUCAGCCAGAUAUCGGUUAAAAAAGUCGUACAAUAAUAGAUGAUGAUCUUGAGGUUUGUCACUUUGAGCCAAAAAUAAUGAGAAAUUGAAUAAUUGUCAUUUUUCAAACUCAAAUUAGCUCCACUAUAAUUGCGUUUGUUAAGUAUUCAUAAAUUCUUAGUUAUCUAUGAGGCAAUGGAAUUCUAUCUAUAGGAUAAUUAAAGAUUAUCAAAUCAUUCGAAAAACGUUCUGAUUGCCUCUUCAUUAAAUCCUUUUACGAAGAGGUCCUCAUAAUAAGCUUAAGAGAUCAAACGAACAGUACAUCUUCAUUAAAUGCAAAAUGAAUUCUUGGAAACAAUAAUGUUGAUUGGGGUAUAAUGACGUCACGUCGAUCGGUGUAUUCGAUCAAUACAACCGUCCACUGAUAAGACUUGAACUCAUUGGAAAUGUGCUCAACCACUCAUAUUAUAUUUUAAAAGUAUUUAGUCCGUUCCCAAAUAAAGUCAAUUAGUGGCACAUAAUUGGAAAUUGUAGUCAGCAUGAUACUUCAGUUGAUUUGGUGAUGGUAUCAAAUUUGAUUUUGCUGGAAAACGAGUGUUGAGCUUGUGUUCAUUAUUAUCCUUUCCUGUUCACAUUUCAUUCAAUUCAAAGCUGUAGCUAUGAUAAAUUUCCAUAAACUCAGAAAUUCCCCAUUCUUUGCAAUGCUUUGGCCCAACUAGUCUAAUUGGUCAUGAAUCUAGGCUCAUCAGAUCCUGAAAAAACAGUUUAUAAGUUUCGAUUACAUAGAUAGUACCCUUAUACUGUAGGCUAUAUUUAAUUAUUUGAUCAACAUUGACAUAUGAGUAUCAAACUUCCUCAUUAAGAUGCUCGUCGGAUGUUUUGACUAAAUAAUGAUUGAACAAUCAUUUCUAGGUGCCAAAUUAUAGAUGAUUUCAAUUCAAAUUUCAAUGCAGAAUGAGUCGUUUGAAUGCUUUAUUAGCAGAUUCUCUCAUUCACUGUAAGUAUGUGUUUAAUUUUUUCUCCAUUCCAAAGAUGAUUGAACCACGGUAUUCAGAUGAAAUAUAAAUAUCUUCUUCUAUAUACCGUGGAUUGAACUAUCCAAUCGUAGCUCAUAGUGAACAACUGAUCAUGUAGUGUAUGGAAAUAUUGCCUAACCAAUAAAUUGUA